AAAAUUAUGAAAACACAAACAAAAAGCACCAAUUGUGAUAAAUUGUGGCGGGUGUGGUACGGUAUCCUAGUCACUGUUCUGCACAUUUUUCUUGUCUACGUCGGCAUCAAUCGAUAUUUGGCGUUCAAAUCCCAAGCAUUUGAUGCUAAAUUUGGCGGUGAUUGGAAUCAAUCGGGCAUGAAUUUUACUCUGGCCAUGCUUAUCAGCGCCUUGGUUUUUCUAUGCCUAUUCCUAUUCACCUGUGUGACAAGGACCACAAAUUAUGCAAAUGAAGGCACACAGAUCGGCCGGGAUACGGACAAUUUACACUUGUUGACAGCUGUGAGUCAACCGUGGCGUAAUGCUACUACUACUCUGCCGCUAAUGACCAUGGGCAGUGGUGUAAGUAACACCUAUAGUCCCGGGGUCGCCGUAAAUGGUGGCUUAGUUCAACGACCCGGUUUCACUACCGCGUCUGAGGAUGAUCGUGUCUCGGCCAUGGGUGGAGAAGAUAUCCUGCCGGGGGCAAAUUUCGACACCUGGUCCGGGAAAAGUGGACCCAAUCCGGAUGUAUUUCAACCGACCUACCCCGGCCCGAAUGGACCGCGAUUGCUCUCGUCCACUCCGGGCACGGUUGGUAAUCCCGGCAGCAUGGAACACUUAUCUGUCACUCGAAGUACCCGGAUUCUUUGGCAUCGAUUGCAACGUCAUUUUUUACCAUACACAAAUAUGUUACAUCUGGCCGCGGCGUUUUGUCUCAUUCUUCCAAUCCCCAUCAUUCAUGCUCAACAAAUAUUUCAUCGAGCAUUACCCAUCGAUGUCAAUUUCAAAUGUGAAAUGAUUUAUGGACGAAAGAUUGAGGACAAAUGUGGCACGGUCAAUGGUGGUGGUGGUGGUGGUGCUGAUGCUGGUGGUGGUGGUGGUGGUGGUGCUGGUGGUGGUGCUGAUGCUGGUGCUAGUGGUGGUAGUGGUGGUGGUGGUGCUGGUGGUGGUGGUGGUGACGAUCAAUACAUGAUGAUCACAUCAGGUUGCAGAGCACACUCAGACGCUAACUGA